AUGCACAGAGCUUGUAAUGAAUGGGAAGAUAUACUUGUAGAAUAUCCCAACGAUUUAAUGGCACUUAAAUUUGCUCAUACUGGAUAUUUUUAUAUUGGAGAGCAUUUGGCUAUGAGAGACAGUAUUGCGAGAGUGAUUGAUAAAUGGGAUAAAGAGAGAUAUCCUGGUUAUAGUUAUCUACACGGGAUGUAUGCUUAUGGAUUAGAAGAAUCCGGGGAAUAUAUCGAAGCAGAAAAACAAGCAAGAAUAGGCCUACAAUUACAACGUCAAGAUGGCUGGUCUACCCAUGCUAUAGCUCACUGUAGGGAAAUGGCUAGCGAUUUCAAAAAUGGAAUUAAUUUUUUGGAAUCCACAGAGAAUGAUUGGAGUCAGUGUAAGCUGCUCCAUGGGCAUAAUUACUGGUAA